AUGGUUGACUACACUUCCCCUCAGUACAUCAACCUGUUGUUUACGGAUCUUGGCAUAUUGACGCCAGCAGCAGUUGGGGAGGAACUGAUCAAGUUGUACACAUGA